GCAUCAUGAAGUGAAGCAUGCGCCUUGUCAUUUUCCGUCAUUGGUUGAUUAAAGAUUUUAAAAUUAUAAUAUUCGGGUAAUCGGGGCAUUGCUCAAGUGUUGUAUUGUGAUAAGAACCUUAUACCGUUGUAGUGAAAAACCUAAUGUGCAUUUAAGUGAAAAAAUAUAAAUAUACAAUAUGCUUAUUAAAGAAUAUCGAGUUACACUUCCUUUAACAGUUGAAGAGUACCAAGUGGCACAAUUGUAUUGCGUGGCGGAGGUGUCCAAAAAUGAAACAGGCGGCGGCGAAGGUAUUGAGGUCAUUAAAAAUGAACCCUUCAAAGACUUCCCUUUGCUCGGUGGGAAAUACUCAUCGGGUCAAUAUACAUAUAAGAUUUACCACUUAGCGUCGAAGGUGCCCGCAUUUAUCCGGCUGCUGGCCCCCAAAGGCUCUCUCGAGGUGCACGAAGAGGCGUGGAACGCGUACCCCUAUUGCCGGACUGUACUCACUAAUCCCGGCUACAUGAAGGAGAACUUUGUUAUUUGUAUAGAGUCCCUACACUUACCUGACGUCGGCGACCAGAAUAAUGUUCACGAACUAUCAGCAGAGAAGUUAAAGAGCCGCGAAGUUGUCCAUAUCGAUAUCGCAAACGACCCUCUGCCGUCCGCCGAUUACAAGCCGGAAACCGACCCGACUAAGUUCAAGUCGUCGAAGACGGGACGCGGACCCCUCGUUGGGCCUAACUGGAAGAAUGAUGUCAAACCAGUUAUGACAUGCUACAAGCUUGUUACCGCAGAGUUCAAGUGGUUUGGUCUUCAGAGCAAAGUUGAAAAUGUGAUUCAAAAGUCGGAGCGACGGCUUUUCACCAUCUUCCAUAGACAAGUGUUCUGUUCGAUGGACGACUGGUACGGUAUGACGAUGGCGGACAUCCGCGCCAUCGAGGACCGCACCAAGGAGGAGCUGGAGAAGCUCCGCCGCGAGGGCGAGGUGCGCGGCAUGCGCGCCGACAACGAGUAGACCUCGGGACACGCCCUCCUCUACACCAUUCUCAUAAACAGACACUGUACAUUGUAACUAACUAACCCCUGAACCCUUAAAUACAUGAUGCAUUUAUACUUCAGUAUUUUCCACACCCAAAUAAAAAAAAAAUUCUUUAUUUUUUCUCUUGAUAUCUUUUUAAUUUACAACCCGUUUCAAUUUAGGGUAUUUUAGAAAAAAUCAUGCAUUUAAGGGUUAGCCAAAUUCGAUCUUCAAAUGUGCUAUCGGCGUAGCCACACACUUGGAGCCUCUAAGUAGUAACUAGCAAAUUACCCGCGGUUUUAAACAGGUUUUUUUUUUUAAUUUUUACAUAUAUGUAUCACUUUGUCAAUAUCUUCCUCCGUAUCCUAUUCCUGUAGAACCAGGUUUUUGUCCUCCAAAUAAAUCUAUCAACACUCCCUUCAUCUAUCUACCCCUAUAUAUUUUUUUUAUAUAUAAAAUAUCUAAAACACUUUAUUGCUCAUCUAAACAAAAUCAUCCAUCCAAAAUAGAUUUUUUUUAGAUUGCAUUUUUAUUUGUAUCGAUUGUAGUGAAAUUUAUGGAUUUUUUUUUUUCAGUUAGUACCUAGAUCAUUUUUUAAGUUUGCUUAACUACCUUACAGGUUCUAUUGGCUACGUCUAUUACACUACUAGGGGUCUAGAAUUAUCGCCAAUAGGGGUUUGGCUCCUAAUAAAUUGAAAUUUCACCAAUAAAAUUGUAUGAAGUUUGUCGUUGAGAAUGUGUCGUGGGCGUUGUUUGUUGUCUCGCUCCCGCAAUGCCCGAGCCUCGACUUGUGAUUGCAUAUUGACUUAACAAAGUCCUGCUCAUUAACUAAUAACAUCUUAGUACCCUAUCUAUUUUAGAAUCCAACGUGGCGUCGCGCUUUAUUAGUAAAUUUUUAUAUUUAUUUUGAUCAUAGAUUGCGUAAAACUCAUCUCAAGUUGUACGCAUUCUAUAUAGGCAUAGUCUAUGGAAAUUAUUGUUUGAAGCGUUUAAAAAAAAAAACAUUGUAUAUUUAUGCGAUCUCAGUCGAAGCGGGCAUGGUUGAUUAGCAAAAUAAUUCACAUAUGAGAAUAUUUACGUCUGUAGUCAGUGGUUAUAGGUAGUGUUGUUACCUUUCAGAAUUACCAUUAAAAUUUUGAAAAUAUUACUCUUUAGCAACGAUUUUGAUGGAGUUAUGUCGUUUUUAGAUCGGAUUUUUCGCUGUUUAGAUAAAGUUAUUAUUUAAGUGAAUAAACCUGUCUUGGGCGGGUAUUAUUUGGCUGUUGUAUUAUAAAUUAUCAUAGAUUUAAAGCAGUUCAUGUCGCUUAAAUUGCAUAAGUGUCGGUGCAAUUCUUUUUGUGGCAACACUAACGUCAAUGUCACGGGUGUUACAAGGUGAAACUAUCAAAAUCGGUUGUCGGUUUGUAUGUGCUAUUUUUGUUGCGAAUUGAAUUUUAUUAUUGCAACUGCAUGUUUUAUUAUAUAAGUUUGUUGUUUUAACAAAUCAGUAUUUUUUUUCUUAAUAUUUGUGUGACAUUCCAGAUACUAUACUGAUGUAGAUUUUGAAUUAUCGUUUUGCCAAAUAAGAGAUGUAAUCAUUCGCUCUCUUUUAGUAUGAAAUAUUCCAUAUUGAAGCUGCAAUUUGUGCAUAAUAUAAGAAUCUAAUAUAUUUAUACAAAUUGUGAAAACAUCUGUUAGAAAAUUAUAGUUUGUAUUUUUUUAUGUUCCUUUAAAUGAAUUAAACCAUAUUAAGGCGGUAACUUGAAUUCUCACAGAUUCAAAAGUCAUUUAGUAUUUUUUUUAUUAGAAUUCGUCGAUGGGGUUUCAUAGCGAUUCACGCGUAAUACAACGUGCACAAUAACACGGCACUUGUCAAAUGCACCCGAUCACCCUACUGCCCUAUUCACAGCGAUAGACCAAAGCUGUGACGUCACCAGACCCAGCUCGCAUGUUAUUGUGCACGGGUUGUAAUAACAGCAUGAUUUUUUUUCCUGGCAGUCUUUCGUAGUUUAGACAAGACCCGCUUUUAGCGUUGCAUAGUGCUUUUUAUUUUUUGUUUUUAUAUUUUUCUAAAGUUCUUAUAUAAAUGUAAAGUACUUAAUUUUCUUAAAACUUUACAUUUUACGUCGCUACGUAGUAACGAUGUUUUUAGCUCUUUUAAUGGUCUUACGGCUGCGACACUUGCUUUUCUAUUUGUAAAGUCCAAUCACACAAUUAAAAAUAUUUUCAUUAUAACGGUGCAAGAGUAUGAAUUGGGCUUAUUAAUAAGUAAUAAAUAAUUGAAAUUGAUUGAAAGCUUCCCGCUUUGAUAUUGUUAAAGCUUUUUUUUGUUGCGGUUACCAAAUAAAAUUAAGUACACUUCCAGACUUUUA